AUGGCCUCUCCCACAGCAAACGAGCCCGCUGCAGUAGGCAAUGGCAGCACCGAUGCGCCCACCAAGGCGCGCAGCGACAGCUUCUCGCAGAAGUCGGAAACAUCCCAGACAGCCGCCGACUUCAUCCGCGAUCAAAUGCAGCUCGAGUCGGAUGCGCGCGAAGCAUUGCCCUAUAGUAUCGAGAGCUGCACGAAACCUCUAGGUCCCCUCCGCCAGACCGUUUUCGCCUGUCUUACCUGCUGCCCGCCUCCUGCGAACCCCGGCGAUGCCUACGAGGCCGCCGGCGUCUGCUAUGCCUGCUCGGUCCAGUGCCAUGGCGAACACACGCUGGUCGAGAUAUUCAACAAGCGCAACUUCACUUGCGAUUGCGGUACAACGCGCUUCCCCGACACGAGCCCCUGCGCGCUGCGCUUGAACCCUGCCACCAACACCAAGGGUGGCGUCCACUCGGAGUCGCCCGACCCAAACAACAAGUACAGUCAAAACUUCCGAAACCGCUUCUGCGGCUGUGAGUGCGACUAUGACCCGUUUCAGCAGAAGGGUACCAUGUUCCAAUGUCUCGGGCUUAAAACGCACGAUACGGGCGGCUGUGGCGAGGACUGGUGGCACCCAGGCUGUCUGGUCGGCUUGGGACCCAAGUGGUUCGAGAAGAUGGCUACGCCUAAAGUAAAGGACGAAGUGAAGACCGAGCCCAAGGACGCAGCCGCGCCCGGCACGCUUGCUACCAUUUCAGAAGACGCCGACGCGACAGCAGCCACCGUACCACUCCAGAAUGGCCAUAUUGAAGAGCCAGCAGAAGAUGAAGAGGAUGACGAUGACCCGCCGCCGCCGCCAGGCUUUCCGGCGGAUGACGAGUUUGAGGGCUUCCUAUGCUAUAAGUGCGUCGACUCGGCUCCUUGGAUCAGGCGAUACGCUGGCACCCCGGGGUUUCUACCGCCCGUCUUCUACAAGAAAGAUGACGGCGCCGCAGAGCAGCAGCCCGCCUCGACAUCGUCGGCUGACGGCGACAACUCUAAGAAGCGGAAAGCCGACGACGAUGACAACGACGUCGACGACGCAAUGGCCCUAGACUCGCAGGCCUCCAAGCGGCAAAAGAGCGAGGCCGGGACCACCGAGACGUCCCCGGUCCCUUCCGAGACUGAAGUCGAUAUGCCUGGGACACCACCUUCGCCCGCAUGCAAGCUCACCGCCCUACCACCGGCUCCCACGGGCCAGUUCUCGCUCUUCUUCCAAGAAGGGUUCCGCGACAGGCUGUGCCGGUGCCCGUCGUGCUUCCCGCAGCUGGCGCCGCACCCGCAGCUGCUCGACGAGGAGGAGACGUACGAGCCGCCCGUGUCGGGCGACGGGUCGACCAACGGCGGCGGCGGCUCGACUCUCGGCAGCGGCGGCAGCCUGCUUGACCGCGGCGAGAGCGCUCUCAAGAACGUCGACCGCGUCCGCGCCAUCGAGGGCGUCAUGGCUUACAACCACCUCAAAGACAAGCUCAAGCCCUUCUUCCAACAGUUCGCCGAGAGCGGCCAGGCCAUCAGUGCAGAGGACAUCAAGGAGUACUUUGCCAAGCUCCGCGGCGACGACCAGGCCAUCAAGGAGGCCGGCGAGACCGCCGGCAAGUCCGACAUUAGGGAGGAGCAGAGCGGGUACUGA